AAUUUGUACACGCUUGUAUAAUAAACAUCCAUGUAAUUUAUUAAUUUCAUAGUUUUAUGCUAAUUUUGUAUUGUAUCGCUAAUGCUCGUGUACAUUUUUGUCCUUUAUACAUUGUGAUUUGUACUUUUAAAUCAUGGGUCGAACACAACGAAAACGCAAACUGAAACAGGCAAAUAAAUUUUACACAUGCAAUAAUGAGCAAGAUUUAAUAGCAUUAAACUCCUGGCUCUCCAAACACGAUGUACGAUACAGCAAGAAGCUCGUGAUGGCUGUUUUCGACGAUACGGGCAGAGGAGUACUCACAAAAAAGAAGAUAAAAGCGGGGGAGGAAUUAAUGAGUUUACCCCUAAACCUUACCAUUAAUGUGAGCAGUUUGCUAACAGACAGUGCAUUUUGUGAUAUAUUUACCAGCAACACGAGUGUUUGUUUACAAGAUUACAAAAAUUCAGUUACAUUUCAGUGCUUACUAGCGUUUUAUAUAUUGUAUUUAAAGUCGCAAGGCCUAAGUUCCAAGUGGCAUAUAUAUUUAGAGAGUUUGCCAAAAGAAUACACAGUUCCAUAUUUUUUACCUAGUGAUAUACAAUCCCAUCUACACAAAGAGAUUUUAUCUGUGAUAGAAAAUCAAAGGAAUAUUAUUGAUAAGUCGUUUAAUAUUUUUAAAGAUAUUUUAUGUAGUUGUAUUAGUGACAUACCUACUGUAAAAAGCUUUAAAGAAUAUCUUUCUAUGUCUAAAUAUGAAUGGGCAUACUUCACCGUGAACACUAGAUGUGUUUUCAUGGAUUUAUCAAACAUACUUGAUUUUAGAAACCUCUCUGACACAAUAUUAAGUUUAAUAACUGAUAAUACAAAAAUAUCUUUAUGUCCAUACUUAGAUAUGAUAAACCACGAUAGAAAUGCUAAGAAUGAAACAAGACUCAAGAUAAACAAAGAUCUAAGCUUCACACCAGUAUCUAAAUUAGAGGAGGAUACUUUUUCAUCUGUACGAUUUUCAAUUUACACGAAGAAUAACUUUGAACCGUUCUCACAAGUGUUUAUUUGUUAUGGCGACAGUCAUAAUUCAAAACUAAUAACUGAGUAUGGUUUCUUCUUACCCCACAAUGAAUUAGAUUCUAUAAUUUUUGAUUUUGAUAAAAUUGUGUACUAUUUUAAGGAGACUGGAGUGUGUUUAUCGUCUGAUCAAACUGCAUUUAUUAUAAAUCAUGGACUUAAUAAAGAUUUGUAUAUUGACUCAAAAGGGUUGAGUUUUAAUUUCUAUGGUCUACUAAUGGCCGCUAAAUAUUAUUAUAAAGAAGAUGUGAACAUAAGUAAACUGAUUUACACUGCUGCCGUGCAGGCUGACGAUAGUGUUUUGACUGACUUCAUUAAACCAUUGGUUAGAUGUGAAUUAGAUGAUUUAAGGAUUAGGAUUAACAAUUUAAAUAGUUGUAGACAAUGUGUGAUUUUAGAUAAUUGUAUAAGCCUGUUGUGUCAAUAUGUUCGUAUAUUAGAAAAGUUUAUAUUGUGUUAAGUAGAUGUUUUAUAUUUUGAUGUUAUAGUCUAAUUACUAAUAGAGGAGUAAAUGUAUUUAUGAUGGUGGUAUAUUUGA